UCUCCCAGCGUAGAAUAUCGAUUGGCGGGUUACUUAGAAGAGGUGUGUUAGGAGGGAUGGCUUGAUUCUCCUCCCCUUUACUCCAGCCUCGCUUGCUGCUGGGUCCUGGCUGGCUAGGCCGCGCUGUGGUAGCUGGGAUGGCGGUGGCUGUGCGGGCUCUGCAGGAGCAGCUCGAGAAGGCCAAGGAGAGCCUCAAGCACGUCGAUGAGAAUAUCCGCAAGCUCACAGGGCGGGACCCCAACGAUGUGCGGCCCGCUCAAGGCAGACUAUUGAACAUCACAGGCCCUGGUGGAGGUAGGGGCCGUGGGAGUUUAUUGCUGAGGCGUGGAUUCUCGGAUAGCGGAGGAGGACCCCCAGCCAAACAGAGGGACUUAGAAGGAGCGACCAGUAGGCUGGCUGGGGAGCGUCGGACAAGGAGAGAAUCACGCCAUGAAAGCGACGCAGAGGAUGAUGAUGUUAAAAAGCCAGCGUUGCAGUCUUCUGUUGUUGCUACCUCCAAAGAGCGAACGCGUCGAGACCUUAUUCAAGAUCAAACUAUGGAUGAAAAAGGGAAACAAAGGAAUCGACGUAUUUUUGGCCUGUUGAUGGGUACUCUUCAAAAGUUCAAACAAGAAUCAACAGUUGCUACUGAGAGGCAAAAAAGGCGCCAAGAAAUUGAACAGAAACUUGAAGUGCAAGCAGAGGAAGAGAGAAAGCAAGUUGAGAAUGAGAGGCGGGAACUCUUCGAGGAAAGACGUGCUAAACAGACAGAACUGCGGUUACUGGAACAAAAAGUUGAACUUGCUCAGUUGCAAGAGGAAUGGAAUGAUCAUAAUGUCAAAAUUAUUAAAUACAUAAGAACAAAGACAAGGCCUCAUUUGUUCUACAUACCUGGCAGAAUGUGUCCUGCUACGCAGAAGUUGUUUGAUGAUUCUAAAAAAAAACUAAACGCACUGUUUGAAACUAGGCGCAUUGAAUUUGCUGAGCAAAUUAAUAAAAUGGAAGCCAGGCCCAGGCGACAGUCUAUGAAGGAAAAAGAACAUCAGGAGGUGCAGAAAGAAGAAAAGAAGGAAGACCAGAACAAGGAGCAGGAAGAGGGUAAGGUGGUUCAGCAGGUGGAAGAGAUGGAGACAGGUAAUCAGAGCAAUGAUGUAGAAAUGGAAGAGAUAGGGGAGGAAAAGGAGGUAGCUGCUAGUCAUAGUGAUGAGGAGAUAGAACAGGAGGAGGAAGAACAGAAAGAGGAAAUGGAGAUUAAAGUAGAUGAGGGAGUAGCAAUUAAAGAGAACAACAGGCAGGAGGAUAGUCAGGAGGAUAUUGUGUUGGCAAAAGAGGAAGGUGAAAAUGCUUUGCCAAUAGAUGGUGAGCAUAACAAUGUAUUGGAAACUAAUGAGGCAAAUAAUGUAGAACCACUAGAAAGUGAGAAUAGCAAAGAAAUUGAACCAGAAAUUGAGUGUAAUGCUCAGCCAGAACAGGAGUGCCCUGUUCUUUCCCGGGAGAAAGAGGAAGUCAGCAAGCCAGAAGCUGAACCCAAACCCAAGGAGGCAGAAGAGAAGGAGCCUGAAUCCACUCCAGUAUCGGAGGCUGAGGCCCAGCCUCAGCCAGAGCCUGUGCUUUGGCCACAGCCUCCACCAUUACUGGAAACUGCUCAAGUUCAAGAACCUCAGGUAGAGAAAGAAGAAACUAUAGUGCCUGAAAAGCUGCCUGAGACUCAGGCAGACCAGGUCCAGGCGGUAACUGUAGAACUCAAGAACAAGAUUAGGAGCAGGAGCAGAGGUAGAACAAGGAACAAAACUAGUAAGAGUCGAAGUCGGAGUACAAGCAGCAGCACUAGCAGUACUAGCUCUACUAGUAGCAGUAGUGGCAGCAGUUCUAGCAGCGGCACCAGUAGUAGUCGGAGUAGUUCCAGCAGCAGCAGUAGCACAAGUGGAAGUAGUAGUCGAGAAAGUAGUAGCAGUUCUAGUAGCAGUGAGAGCAGAAGCCGAAGCAGAGGGCGUGGGCAUAACAGGGAUAGGAAGCGCAGGAGGAGUCUGGAUCGCAAGCGAAGGGAUAAUUCAGGUGUAGAUAGAAGUCACAAGUCUUCAAAAGGUGGUAGCGGCAGAGAUGCAAAAGGAUCGAAGGAUAAAAGUUCAAGGUCCGACAGAAAAAGGUCUAUAUCAGAAAGUAGUCGGUCAGGCAAAAGAACUUCACGGAGUGAAAGAGACCGUAAAUCAGACAGGAAAGACAAAAGGCGUUGACAGAAGAGACCAGGCUCCUUAGCCCAAUCUUUGCAGCAGAAGAUUACUUGAUGAGUGAAAGGAUUCCAUGUGAGGAAGAAAAGGCUGCCUUAAUUGCAUGCUGUAUAAAAUCUUUUGGAGAAAUGCAGACUCUUUACCAGGCAAUUCUUGUGCUUUUUACAUGGUUUUGUAAAAGGUUACUUAUCAAAUUAUGUGAGGAUGCAAAUGUGUAUAAAUAAAAGGAUUGACAACCCCUUCAUCUUUUAAAUAUUCUCUACUUUAGAGUCUCUGUAUAUUUUAAUAGGUAAAUCGUUAUGUUUGUGUGACUUACUUCUUAGUCUUUUGUAGAAACAACUGUACAUUUUGCAGAGGUUUGAGAGCCUGUUGCCAUUUCAUCUUGCAUAGAAAUCUUUUCCCCUUGAUUGACAUCCUUCAGUUUUAAUAUUUACCUAUUCCCCCUCCGUUAAGAAGGUGAAUUCCCAAGUCCUAUGAAGGAGCACUCACCUGUGCAUAACCUAGGUUUUCUUUCUGUGCUUUCACUAUACAUACUUGAGCUUUUACUAAUGUUCCUUGAUGAACUUUUUGCUCAUAUAUGGGAGCAAAGUUGGUACAUCAGAGUAGUUAGAGCUGGCCUGGAAAACUAAAAUCUGUCCAGCUCUUGUCUGCCCACAAUCCCUAUCUUCCCCCUAACAUUAGGGUAACACUUCACUUAACCUUUUUAACCUGUAUUUCCAUUAAACUCUGCUUUGCUUUAUAUUGGAGGAAGUCUGUAGGUAGCUUCUAAACCAGAUUAUAGUUGGCCAUAGAAUAAACCUACAAAUGCCAAUAAAAAUGCAUUAUACCAUAAAAUUAAUCUGGGACUAAAAUGUAUGUUGUGCUUAAGAAUAUCUGUUGAAUGGGGAAAUGGGGCUCAAACUAGGAAUUUCUGUAACAGCUAAAGCAAAUAGCUGGAGGUAUAGCUGAUGUAAAAAGGUGACAUUGUUUUUAAAUUUUCUAUACAAUUGCAGUGUAUUCAUUGGCUUGUUCUGUAAAGGUCCAAAUAAAAGUGCUUUAUAUACA